UCGCUGACCGUGGGCAUCGGCACGCCGCCGCAGCCGCGCACGCUCAUCGUCGACACGGGCAGCGACCUCAUAUGGACGCAGUGCGAGCUGUCGCGCGGCCGCCCGGCGAGGCAUCGCGAGCCGCCGCUCUACGAUCCCCGCAAGUCCUCCUCCUUCUCCUUCCUCCCCUGCGGCAGCAGGCUGUGCCAGGAGGGCCAGUUCAGCGGCAAGAACUGCACCGGGAGCAGGUGCAUGUACGACGAGCUGUACGGCAGCGCCGAGGCGGACGGCGUCCUCGCGUCCGAGACCUUCACCUUCGGCGAGCAGCGCAGCAAGGUCUCCCUCCCCCUCGGCUUCGGAUGCGGUGCGCUCUCGGCUGGGAGCCUCGCCGGCGCCUCCGGCCUCAUGGGCCUCAGUCCGGGGACCAUGUCACUCAUAUCGCAGCUGUCCGUGCCAAGGUUCUCCUACUGCCUCACCCCUUUCGCCGAGCGCAAGACCAGCCCGAUGCUGUUCGGCGCCAUGGCCGACCUGCGCAAGUACAACACGACGGGACCGAUCCAGACCACCGCCAUACUGAGGAACCCGGCAGAGGACACCUUCUACUACUACGUGCCGCUGGUGGGCAGCACCAUCGCGUACCUCGCGGGGAAGGCGUUCGAGACCGUGAAGAGGGCCGUGCUGGAGGCGGUGAGGCUCCCGGUGUUUAACGGCACCGUCGAGGGCUACGAGCUGUGCUUCGCGCUGCCGAGCGGCGCGGCAAUGGCCGCGGUCAAGACGCCGCCGCUCGUGCUCCACUUCGAUGGCGGCGCGGCCAUGGCGCUGCCGCGGGACAACUACUUCCAGGAGCCGAGGGCCGGGCUGAUGUGUCUCGCGGUGGCCAGGUCGCCGGACGACCUCGGCGCGUCCAUCUCCGUCAUCGGCAACGUCCAGCAGCAAAACAUGCACGUGCUCUUUGACGUGCGCAACCAAAAGUUCUCCUUCGCGCCAACCAAAUGUCACGACAUCUGAUCUCUCAUCUCAGUGACCAAUAGUGCAAUUGCAACUUUGCAAGCACCUACAAUAACUCCCUCUUUCUCAAAACGAAAUUUGGAAAACGACGAGGAUAAUCUUUCA